GAUUUGAUUUUACGCAGCUAGCAAGCUAGCGCGCACUGUUUUGUGCACAAUUUGAUACAUUGUUUUGUCUGUGUUUAAGAAUGAAAUACUUGUGAUAGUCAGAGCCGAAAUUCUAAAAAAAAUAAAUAAAAGCAAAAUGAAUCUCGACAGACUUCGAAAGCGAGUACGGCAGUACAUUGACCAGCAACAGUAUCAAAGUGCUCUGUUUUGGGCCGACAAGAUAGCAUCCCUUUCUCGUGAGGACCCCCAGGAUAUCUACUGGCUAGCUCAGUGCCUUUACUUGACCUCACAGUACCACAGAGCCUCCCAUGCCCUCCGCUCACGAAAACUUGACAAGUUGUACGGAGCUUGUCAGUAUCUUGCUGCUAGGUGCCAUUAUGCUGCCAAAGAGUUCCAGCAGGCCUUGGAUAUUCUGGAUGCAGAGGAGCCAGCUAGUAAGAAGCUGUUGGACAGGAGUGGGAAAGAGGACAGCGGGACACCAGAGUCAACCAAGGAUUGGGACAUGUCCCCUGCCUCUGUCAACAGCUCCAUCUGCCUCCUGCGGGGUAAGAUCUAUGAUGCCAUGGACAACAGACCAUUGGCCACUUCCAGCUACAAAGAGGCCUUGAAACUGGAUGUCUACUGCUUUGAAGCCUUUGACCUUUUAACAUCCCACCACAUGUUGACUGCACAGGAAGAGAAAGACUUCCUUGACUCACUUCCUCUGAGUCAACAGUGCACUGAGGAAGAGCAGGAGCUGUUACACUUCCUAUUUGAGAAUAAGUUAAAGAAGUAUAACAAGCCCAGUGAUUUGGUGGUGCCAGAGAUGGUCAAUGGUCUUCAGGACAACUUGGAUGUCGUGGUGUCUCUUGCUGAGAGGCAUUAUUAUAACUGUGAUUUCAAGAUGUGCUACAAACUCACAUCAAUGGUGAUGGUCAAAGACCCCUUCCAUGCCAACUGUUUACCAGUUCACAUAGGAACUCUGGUGGAGCUUGGAAAAGCAAAUGAGUUGUUUUACCUCUCGCACAAGCUUGUAGACUUGUAUCCAAACAACCCAGUAUCCUGGUUUGCUGUUGGGUGCUACUAUCUCAUGGUUGGCCAUAAAAACGAACAUGCUCGGCGAUACCUUAGCAAAGCCACCACGUUGGAGAGGACGUAUGGUCCUGCAUGGAUUGCCUACGGCCAUUCAUUUGCAGUGGAGAGUGAGCAUGACCAGGCCAUGGCUGCCUACUUUACUGCUGCACAGCUGAUGAAAGGGUGUCACUUACCCAUGCUCUACAUUGGCCUGGAGUACGGUCUAACCAACAACUCCAAGCUUGCGGAACGUUUCUUCAGCCAGGCUCUUAGUAUUGCUCCAGAGGACCCAUUUGUUAUACACGAAGUGGCUGUGGUUGCCUUUCAAAAUGGAGACUGGAAGACAGCGGAGAGGUUGUUUCUUGAAGCAAUGGAGAAGAUCAAAGCCAUAGGAAAUGAGGUCACUGUGGACAAAUGGGAGCCUUUGUUAAACAACUUGGGUCAUGUGUGUCGGAAAUUGAAAAAGUACGACCAGGCUCUGGAGUACCACCGUCAGGCACUUGUCUUAAUCCCUCAGCACGCCUCCACCUAUUCUGCCAUAGGAUACGUGCACAGCCUCAUGGGUGACUUUGAGAGUGCCAUCGACUACUUUCAUACGGCACUCGGACUGAAAAGGGACGACACUUUCUCUGUGACGAUGCUUGGCCACUGUAUUGAGAUGUAUAUUGGUGACACAGAUGCCUAUAUAGGUACAGACAUCAAUGACAAGGUGCGAGGCAGCUUGAACACUCCAGCGCUGAUAAAGAUGCUGAACACAUCAGAGCCUGGUGACUGUCUAGCCACGCCAAGAUCAGAAGACACCAGCAUCACAUCCUUGGAAACUCCACUGUCAAAUCAGGACAAGAUGAUGCUGGAGACACCUCUGCGACUCUCUUUAACCCUGGAGUGUGAUAUGUAUGAGAGUGAUAUGAUGUUAGACACCUUGUCAGACACCAGCACGUGAUCUCAUCCUGUCAAGAGGUGGAACUGUCGUGGCAGCAGGUUGUCUUAGGUACACAAAUCCAAGUCUGAGGACACCUAUCAAACCAAAACUUUGGCACCUGUCUUCCACCAAAGGUUUCCUGUGGAUUCCCUUGCUUGUGCAUUAGAUAUGGUUGUUUUUGUAAGUGACAAAACACAACAUGCCAUGGUGGACAUGGGUGAAUUUGUAUACAGCCCCUGUUGUACAUCAUAUAAAUUUCACAAGAAUGCACUUUAUAAGGGGAAUUAAAGGGUAAUUUCUGUAUUUUGCAACCUGCCAUGUUUUUGUGUUUAUUUGUGUGUUAAUUGGGAACAUUUAAAUUGGUCCAGUAUUGAGCAAGCAUGCUGACAAGGCAUCAAAGUAAUCCUUGCUGGCAAUUGCAUCCAGUCAGCUAAAAUGUUUGUCUUUGCAACUGACAGGCUCAGUUGAUAUUAUAAGUGUAAGUGACAACAUUAUGGAAUGGAUCCCAAUAGAGAAAUACCUGUUUAGAUAGAUAAAUAAGAACUUUUUCGCUUAACCAAAAACAGUCGCUAUUUAGCUCUUGUCAAAGCCACCAGAAUUUUACCUCUCUAGUCUACCACUGCCUUGAUUGGUUAGUUUGUUUGUGUAAUGAUCUUAUCUGUCUAAAAUUGUAUAUCUUCAGGGAUCUUUUCCAUAAUGUCACUUACACUUCUAAUAUCAAUCUGAGCGCUUCAGUGUACAUAUUUUGAUGGUGCGCAGUUGCCCGCAAGGAUUAGGUUACAGCCCUGCUGCUGACUGCAGUGUCACAUAGACACAAAAAUAUGGUAAAAUAAGUCCACGUCCAGGUUGAAAAAUACUGAACUUAGCCUUCAACAUGUGCCUUGGUUAAGUAUUGGACCUUGGGUUAAGCCUGAAGACAUUAGAAACCUGUCGUCUUCUGACAGUUGAUUGAACAGAGCAAACACAGCCGCACACCUCACAAGACUAAAGUCACUUAUUACUGCCUAUGGCAGGACCCUCUGUGUCGCUGAACCUGUGGAUUUACACCUUGAAUAAAAGACCAGCUAAAUACAAGCAGUUUUGGUGCAGACAGUUCUUGGCAAUUCCUACAAUAAACCAUGCAUUUAUC